ACACUGUCCAAAUUCGGAAUCGGGUCAUGCUUUCUAGGGUUUAAGCCAUUCACUGAAUUUCUGAAUCUCUCUGUAUAUUGUCAAUCACAAGACGAUGACCUCCAUGGCUGCACUGUCAAGAAGGCUUUGCCGCUCUCUCCUGUCGAAUUCAAAAGCUUCUCAUCACCAUAACAUCCUCCCCGUAACCUCUUGCACUAAUAACCUUUCCUUCCGCUCGGUAUCAGACAUCACUGAGUCCAGUAUUGAAUCGGACUUGGACUCGGACUCACAUUCAGUAACUAAUCCACCUUCUCUCUCACCUUCCUCGUCUCAAUCAUCUACCCAGUCGAGAACGAUCUACAAUCGACCUCUGGAAAAUGGCCUCGAUGCUGGUGUUUAUAAGGCUAUAUUGGUGGGUCAGGUGGGGCAAAGUCCACUGCAGAAGCGGCUGAAGAGUGGGAUAACAGUGACGCUGUUAUCAGUUGGAACGGGCGGUAUUCGUAAUAAUCGGAGACCCUUGGCUAACGAGGAACCCAGAGAGUAUGCAAAUCGGUGCGCAGUUCAAUGGCAUCGGGUUUCGGUUUAUCCUCAGAGACUGGGCAAUAUUGUCAUGAAGCAUGUUGUGCCUGGUUCAAUUUUGUAUUUGGAGGGGAAUUUGGAGACCAAAAUCUUCACUGAUCCAACCACUGGUCUCGUUCGAAGUAUUAGAGAAGUUGCAAUUCGUCGCAAUGGCCGCCUUGUAUUUUUGGGGAAGGGAGAAGUUAAUGGUCAGCAGUCCACUCCAUCAGAAUUCAAAGGUGUUGGCUAUUACUAAGAGAUGAUGUUUGCAGUUUUGUCAUCUGAAGAAAGGGACAAAAAAGUGAUAAAUCUACAUAUAGCAAUGGGAUAGCGACCAGGAUGAUUGCUCGAGCGAAGUUGCGUGUCAUAACUCUUUUAGAUUAGAUUAUAAAAAGUAACUUUGCCUUUGAUGAGAAUUUUUUAUUCUGAAAAUUAAAUUUAUAAAUAAUACUUCUUGAGUUUUUUUU